AUGGACCAAAUAACGGAUUCAGAAAUGGAUCAACAGAGACAAGGCUAUCAUCAUUCUGAACCCUGUAUCCUUACGAGAGGAGCCACAAAUAUCUCACAGCCGAAUAAUAUGCAUGCAAUGGUGAGAGCGUCUGGGAACACCACUAAUGUUGAUUCUCACUUUCUGCCAGAUGCUUAUGACAAUGCUAGGGUGUAUGGUGUUACACAAUACAACGGCAUUCAGCCUCCCCAUAAUCUUGAUAUGGGUGUGCCAGCUGCAGCCAACUUGUAUUAUUCUGGCAUUAAUCCUUCUUCUAGUGCUGGCGUUUUCACUCUGCCGCAAAAUCAUAGAGCCUCUGAUCAGUUGCCUGGUUCAAGUACAUUUGCUGUUGCUGGGGUUUCUUCUGAUAAUUUUGGAAGAAGUUCUGGUUUCAUGGAUGAUGUUAGAGGUCCCUACAAAAGGAAAAUUGCUGAAGGGAUGAGAGGAAAUUACCAAUAUUUUAAUGCAUCAUCUAGCUCUUCAAUUGCUCCUCCUAAUGCAAGACACACUUCUGAUGGUAUUGCUAUGAUGGAUACUGCACCCUUUUCAUUCCGCAUCCCUUCACUUGUGGAAGUAGGACCUCAUGCUAGUGCAUGGACCAGGGCAGGUGAGUCUAUUAUGGUGCAUGACCAUAAUCAUUUGAUUCAUGGAAACUAUUUAGGGCAGCACUUUCAGCCAGCUGCUCCUCCAUGGUUGGAUCAGCAGUUGAACAGUAACAAUAGUGACGGCCAUACUACACCCUGGAAUCAGUCGCUUCCAAUGCCUUAUGUACAAG